AUGGGCAUCCAGUACCUCAGCAGUUGCCAAGGCACUCGUGCUAGCAUUCAUCUCCCUCGUGAUCCACAGAAGCUGGUGCUGCUCAGGCGUCCCAAGAGCAAGAUCGCAUGUCCUCGUAGCAGAAUUGUUGGUGCGCUCCCGCCGGGGCCGGUGCCCUGGCCGGUUGUGGGGAACCUUCCGGAGAUGGUACUCAACAAGCCGGCAUUCCGGUGGAUCCAUCGAAUGAUGGAGGACAUGGGUACCGACAUCACCUGCGUCCGCCUCGGCAGCGUGCACGUCAUCGCCAUCACCUGCCCCAGCAUCGCCCGCGACGUACUCAGGAAGCAGGACGCCAACUUCGCCUCCCGCCCGCUCACCUUCGCCUCCGGCACCUUCAGCGGCGGGUACAAAGACGCCGUGCUCUCGCCCUUCGGCGACCAGUGGAAGAAGAUGCGCCUGGUGCUCACCUCGGAGAUCAUCUGCCCGUCCCGCCACCGGUGGCUCCACGACCACCGCGCCGACGAGGCCGACAACCUCAGCCGCUACGUCCACACCCUCGCCACCGGGUCUGCGUCGGGCGUGGACGUGAGGCACGUUGCGAGGCACUACUGCGGCAACGUCAUCCGCCGGCUAGUCUUCGGCCGGCGGUACUUCGGCGAACCUCGGCCGGACGGCGGGCCGGGCCUGAUGGAGGAGGAGCACAUGGACGCCGUGUUUACGGCCGUCGGGCUCCUCUUCGCGUUAUGCGUCUCAGACUACCUCCCGUGGCUGCGCGGUCUCGACCUGGAUGGCCACGAGAAGAUGGUCAAGGAGGCGAACUCGACGGUGAACCGGCUCCACGACACAGUCAUCGACGAGCGGUGGAGGCAGUGGAAGUCCGGCGAAAGGAGGGAGCUCGACGACUUCCUGGACGUGCUCAUCACACACAAAGACGGACAUAAUAUUUGCGGCGAUUGACAAUCCAUCAAACGCGGUGGAGUGGGUGCUGGCGGAGAUGGCGAAUGCACCGGAGGUGAUGGCCAAGGCGGUGGAGGAGA